AUGGCGGACCAAAAUAUUUCUCAGUAUAAGUAUUCGGCGAUGUCCAACCUGGUUCUCCAGGCGGACCGUCGUUUUAUCAGCCGAACCACCGAUGAGGCUACCGGAGACCCCGAGUCUCUUGCAGGCCGCAUUGGAAUCCGAGAGAUGGGCUCCCGCAUAGCACGCGACGAUGCACCCAAGUCGAAAAAGAAGGCCGGUCCGAACGAAAUCGAACGGGGUGCGAUUCACGAGGGUGAAGACGUUUUGUCUCGCGAACAGAAGAAGCGCGGACGUGGCCAGCCAGCACAAUUACGAGGCCAAGGAAUUCUCUCCGCCGCCGAUGCCCUCAUCGAAGGUUUAAAAUAUCGCCCUCGAACACCUGCGACUCGAGCAACUUACGACCUUAUUCUCACAAUUACCGGAAGCAACCUUGGCGAUGUACCCCACGAGGUCGUUCGAAGUGCCGCCGAUGCCGUUUUGGAAUACCUCAAGGAUGAAGAUCUGAAAGAUUUCGACAAGAAGAAGGAAAUUGAUGAUCUGAUGGGUAGUACUAUGAACCCGAAAGAGUUCAAUGAGCUUGUGAACCUUGGUAAGAAAAUUACGGAUUACGAGGCACAAGACGAGGACGAGGACAUGGACGGUGGCUUCGACGAUGCAGGUUCGGAACUCGAUGAACGCCAGGGUGUUGCUGUUGUCUUCGACGAAGAAGACGAAGACGAAGAGCGCAUAGGCACCGUUGACGAAAUCCGAGACGAGGACAGCGAUGAGGACGAAGCAGACGACCAAGAACCAGCCGAUAUCGACCAAUCAGCCGCCCAAGAGCCGGAUAACGAGGAUGAAAUGGUCAUUGAUGGUGGUCUUGACGGUGAUAAUAAGGCUGGAGAUAAAGCUGGGCUGAAUGUUUCGGCUCGCGAGAUCGACGCCUACUGGCUGCAACGACAGAUCGGUGCUUUAUACGAAGACGCCCAUACUCAACAAGAGAAAACACAACAAGCUUUGGAGGUUCUUGGCGGUCAGGCAGAGGAUGGAUCCGAAAAACCGCUACGUGACGUUGAAAACGAUUUGAUGGAGCUUUUCGACUACGAGCAUGCGGAAGUUGUCGCAAAAUUGGUAACAAAUCGUGACAAAGUCGUCUGGGCUACUCGUUGGAGACAAGUUGCCGAAGAUGCCGAUGCGCGAAAUCUUGUUGAAAGCCAGAUGGUUGAGGCUGGACACCGGGGUAUCUUGGAUGAAAUCCGCGGAAAGACUGCUCGUGAUGACCUCCUUGAUCGCCCAGAGAAAAAGAUGAAGCUGGAUCUGAUGGACGUCGAUAUUCCUUCAGCACCAACAGACGAUGAGAAGAAGCCAGCGACUGAAGGUGGUUUGAUCGGCGGUCUGCAACCCAAGAAGCUUAUCAACCUCGAGAACCUCGUUUUCCACCAGGGUAAUCAUCUGAUGACCAACCCAAAUGUCAAGCUUCCCCAGGGCUCAACAAAGCGUACUUUCAAGGGUUACGAGGAGAUCCAUGUCCCGCCGCCCAAAGCUAAGCGGGAAGCCGGAGAGAAGAACAUCCCUACCACAGAGUUGCCUGAUUGGGCUCGCGUUGGAUUUGGAAGUUCCAAAGAGCUGAACCGGAUCCAGACCAAGUGUUACCCUUCAGCAUUCCACGACGACGGCAAUCUCCUCGUCUGUGCUCCCACAGGUUCCGGAAAAACCAACGUUGCUAUGCUGACUAUCCUGCGGGAAAUCGGUAAGCAUCGCAAUCCGGAAACUGGAGAGAUUAUGCUGGACGACUUCAAGGUCAUCUAUAUCUCCCCUCUCAAGGCCCUGGUGCAGGAGCAAGUUGGAAACCUUGGCAAGCGUCUCGAGCCAUAUGGCAUCCGAGUGUCUGAGCUAACUGGUGAUCGCCAGCUCACCAAGCAGCAAAUUGCCGACACCCAGAUCAUUGUUACCACCCCGGAAAAGUACGAUGUUAUCACAAGAAAGGCAUCCGAAACUAGCUACACCAAUCUGGUGCGUCUUAUUGUCAUUGACGAGAUUCACCUUCUCCACGAUGAUCGUGGUCCCGUCCUUGAAAGCAUUGUCAGUCGCACAAUUCGCCGUGUCGAACAGACUGGUGAUCCUGUGCGAAUUGUUGGUCUCAGUGCCACCCUUCCCAACUACCGUGACGUUGGAAGUUUCCUGCGCGCGGAUCCUGAGAAGGGAGUCUUCCAUUUCGAUGGCUCAUACCGUCCUUGCCCUCUCAAGCAGGAGUUCAUCGGUGUCACAGACAAGAAAGCCAUUAAGCAGCUCAAGACCAUGAAUGACAUUUGCUAUAAUAAGGUUCUGGAGCAAGUUGGUCAACGCCGAAACCAGAUGCUUAUCUUCGUCCACUCACGAAAGGAGACCGCGAAAACGGCCAAGUAUAUCCGCGACAAGGCGAUCGAGAUGGAAACGAUUGGACAGAUCCUUCGCAGUGAUGCUGCUAGCCGUGCCAUUUUGGCCGAGGAGGCAGAGUCUAUUGAUGAUGCUUCCCUCAAGGACCUUCUUCCUUAUGGUCUGGGUAUUCACCACGCUGGUUUGAGUCUUGCGGAUCGUGAUUCCGUCCAGGCACUUUUUGCCGAUGGUAGUAUUCAGGUUCUUGUGUGUACUGCCACCCUGGCUUGGGGUGUCAACCUCCCUGCGCACACAGUCAUUAUUAAGGGAACCCAAGUCUACUCUCCCGAGAAGGGUAGCUGGGUCGAGCUGAGCCCUCAGGAUGUUCUGCAGAUGCUUGGACGUGCUGGUCGACCUCAAUAUGACACAUUCGGAGAGGGUAUCAUUAUCACUACUCAAGCUGAGAUACAAUACUACCUCUCUCUUCUGAACCAACAAUUGCCAAUUGAAUCUCAACUCGUCAGCAAGCUUGCAGACAACUUGAACGCUGAAAUCGUUCUUGGCAAUGUUCGCAAUCGCGAUGAAGGUGUGGAAUGGCUAGGCUACACCUAUCUUUAUGUUCGCAUGCUUCGUUCGCCAGGAUUGUACAGUGUCGGUACGGAUUACGAGAAUGAUGACUCGUUGGAACAGAAGCGGGUUGAUCUUAUUCACUCUGCUGCUGCCGUUCUUGAGAAAGCUGGAUUGGUCAAGUAUGAGAAAAAGACAGGACGACUCCAGGCAACCGAGCUUGGUCGGAUUUCAUCUCAUUACUACAUUGGCCACAACUCCAUGCUCACCUAUUCUCAACAUCUUCAGCCUUCCAUCACUACCAUCGAGUUGUUCCGCAUUUUCGCCCUUAGUGACGAGUUCAAGUAUAUCCCCGUCCGCCAAGAUGAGAAAUUGGAGCUAGGCAAGCUCUUGGGCCGAGUACCGGUCCCUGUCAAGGAAACCAUCGACGAGCCUCACGCGAAGAUUAACGUUUUGCUUCAAGCCUAUAUCUCUCGCCUCAAGUUGGACGGUUUGGCGCUGAUGGCCGACAUGGUCUACGUCACACAGUCUGCUGGUCGUAUUAUCCGGGCCAUUUUCGAGAUUUGCUUGAAAAAGGGAUGGACAUCUGUGGCCAAGACUGCGCUCGAUCUCUGCAAGAUGGCCGAGAAGCGUAUGUGGCCCACAAUGUCCCCUCUGCGCCAGUUCCCUACAUGCCCCAGAGAUAUUCUGCAGAAGGCUGAGCGUAUCGACGUGCCGUGGUCCAGCUACUUUGACUUGGACCCCCCGCGCAUGGGUGAACUUCUCGGUAUGCCCAAGGCUGGACGUGUUGUGUGUGAUCUUGUCUCCAAGUUUCCUCGACUUGAAGUUCAGGCUCAAGUCCAACCAAUCACUCGUUCCUUGCUGCGUGUUGAGUUGACCCUUUCUCCCAACUUUGUCUGGGAUGAUGCUGUGCACGGUAAUGCUCAGGAUUUCUGGAUCUUGGUGGAAGACUGUGAUGGCGAAGAGAUCUUGUUCCAUGAUCGUUUCCUCCUGCGCCGUGAGUUUGCCCUGGCCGAGAUGAAUGAACACCUUGUUGAAUUCACCGUCCCCAUUACGGAGCCGAUGCCCCCCAACUACUUCAUCUCCUUGGUCUCUGAUCGCUGGAUGCACUCUGAGACGAAGAUCGCGGUUUCUUUCCAAAAGCUUGUUCUACCGGAGCGAUUCCCUCCCCACACCCCCUUGUUGGAUAUGCAGCGCGCACCUGUCAAGGCCUUGAAGCGUGACGAGUACCAGAAGCUCUACCCUGACUGGGAGCACUUCAACAAAAUUCAAACACAGGUCUUCAAGUCUGUCUUUGAUUCGGAUGACAAUGUCUUCAUUGGUGCCCCAACUGGCAGCGGCAAGACAGUCUGCGCCGAGCUGGCUCUCCUUCGCCACUGGUCAACCGAGAACACAGGUCGUGCAGUGUACAUUGCUCCCUUCCAGGAACUUGUUGACCUUCGCCUAGCCGACUGGCAGAAGCGAUUGAGCGGUCUUGGUGGCGGUAAAACCAUUCUGAAGCUUACUGGGGAGACUACCGCCGACCUCAAGCUUCUUGAAAAGGCUGAUCUUGUUCUUGCCACACCUGUCCAGUGGGACGUGUUGUCUCGGCAAUGGCAAAGACGCAAGAACGUCCAGACGGUGCAAUUAUUCAUUGCUGAUGAGCUGCACAUGCUGGGUGGCUACGGCGGUUAUGUCUACGAGGUUGUCGUUUCCCGUAUGCACUACGUCGCACUUCAGACUGAAAAUGCCAUGCGCAUUGUCGGACUGAGUGUCCCGCUUGCCAAUGCUCGUGACAUUGGAGAGUGGAUUGGCGCUAAUAAGCAUACUAUCUACAACUUCAGCCCGAACGCCAGGCCGAUUCCCCUCGAACUUCACAUUCAAUCAUUCACCAUUCCUCAUUUCCCCUCCCUGAUGCUCGCAAUGUCCCGACCAGCCUACCAAUCCAUUUUGCAACUGUCGCCGGACAAGCCCGCUUUGAUUUUCGUGCCCAGCCGAAAGCAGACCCGUUCUACGGCCAUGGAUCUGCUAGCGGCCUGUGGUAUGGAUGAUAACGAGGACAGAUUCUUGAACGCAGAUGUCAAGGAGCUGGAGCCCCUUCUCAGCCGUGUCCAGGAGCAGACACUUGCAACCUCUUUAUCUCACGGAAUCGGAUAUUUCCAUGAGGCAUUGAGCCCUACUGACAAGCGUAUUGUCUCGCAUCUUUUCAGCAUCGGUGCCAUCCAAGUACUUCUGGCUUCGCGUGAUUGCUGUUGGGAAUUGGACGUGACUGCUCAUCUCGUUAUUGUUAUGAACACUCAGUUCUUCGAUGGCCGCGAGCAUCGUUACAUCGAUUACCCUAUCAGUGAGAUCCUUCAGAUGUUCGGCAAGGCUUCUCGACCUGGCCAAGAUAAGAUUGGUCGUGGUGUUUUGAUGGUGCCUGCUGUUAAGCGUGAAUAUUACAAGAAGUUCCUUAGCGAGGCCCUCCCCGUUGAGAGUCACCUGCAAAUGUAUUUGCACGACGCCUUUGUCACUGAGGCCAGUACCAAGACCGUCGCUUCCACUCAGGAUGCAGUAGACUGGAUGACUUAUACAUACUUCUACCGCCGUCUUCUGGCCAACCCCAGUUUCUACGGUCUCGGCGACGUGAGUCACGAGGGACUCAGUACCUUCCUGUCUGAGCUUGUCGAGAAUACCCUCAAGGAGUUGUCUGAGGCCAAGAUCAUUGAUCUGGAUGAGGAGGAUGACAGUGUCUCUCCGCUAAAUGCUGCCAUGAUUAGCGCGUACUACAACAUUUCCUUCAUCACCAUGCAAACCUUCUUGCUGUCCCUUUCGGCUCGCACAAAGCUGAAGGGAAUUCUGGAGAUUAUCACCUCUGCUACCGAAUUCGAGUCCAUCCAAAUGCGUCGUCAUGAGGAACACAUUCUUCGACGAAUCUACGACCGUUGUCCGGUUAAGAUGUCCGAAGCUUCCUUUGAGUCGCCCCAUUUCAAGGCGUUUGUCCUUCUUCAGGCUCACUUCUCCCGUAUGCAACUGCCAAUCGAUCUCGCCAAGGACCAGGAAGACAUUAUUCGCAAGGUCCUCAAUCUCCUUAGUGCCUGUGUGGAUGUGCUUUCUUCCGAAGGCCAUCUCAACGCUAUGAACGCCAUGGAGUUGUCGCAGAUGCUAGUUCAAGCCAUGUGGGACCGUGAUAGCCCCCUUAAGCAAAUUCCCCACUUCUCCCCUGAAGUUAUUGAUGUUGCCAAGGAAUACAAGUAUGUCCAUCCACCCCCUAUAUUUCAUUCACGAUCAGCUGCUAAUAUGGAUAUUUUCUACAGCAUUAAUGAUAUCUUUGAGUUCAUGGAUGCCAUGGACCCAUCCGAGAACAAGGACUACGCUGCAUUGGUCAAGCGUUUGGGCUUGAACAACAAGCAGUUGGCACAGGCGGCAGCUUUCACCAACGAGAAGUAUCCCAACAUCGAGCUGGACUUCGAGGUUGAAGAUCCUGAGAGCAUCACAUCGGGCGACCCUGCCUACCUCAAGGUCAAGAUUGAACGUGAGGUGGAAGAGGACGAGGAACCCGAUACCGUUGUCCACGCCCCAUUCUACCCCAGCGAAAAGAUGGAGAACUGGUGGCUUGUGGUCGGUGAUGAGAAAACCAAGAACCUGUUGGCUAUCAAGCGUGUCACUAUCGGUCGCAAGCUGGAGUUGCGCCUUGAAUAUGUUGUGCCCACGCCUGGUGAGCAUGAGCUCACUCUCUACCUGAUGAGUGACAGUUAUGUCGGUGUGGAUCAGGCCCCCACAUUUACUGUCACCGCAGCUGAGGGAAUGGAUGAGGAUGAGAGCGAAGAGGACGACGAGUAA